CCCAGACCCUGAUUUUCUCAGUCCAGACUUUCCCGGCGUUGCAGUGGUUGCCAGUGCCAUGGAAAUAGACCUAGCACCUAGCAGAAGAAAGUAGCGCUAUCCAUCACUACUAGUACUAGAUAUAUCCAGGUCUGACCGUGAGAUGGUUCUUUUGGCGGAGUGAAACGCCCCCAAUGGCCACCACGAGCUUCUUUGGAGACACUAUUUAUUAGUAUUACUUUUGUGUGAACUGGAAGGCCCGUUAGAGUCCCUCCCAAUAAUGGCGAUCCUGGAUAUUCCGCCCAAGGAGGCUUCAGUAUGGCCUGUUACACUGGGCAUUCUGUAUGUAGUCCACCAGUCAGCCAAAAUUACCAGCGUUAACCAUGGAAUGUAGGUCGUGGGUGUUUUGGUCGAACUUGACCAUUUUAUUCAAUAAAUGGGUGAUUGAGUCCACUGAAUUUAGAUACCCAAUCAUCCUAACAACAUGGCAUCUCGUCUUCGCAACCCUUGCUACUCAACUUCUCGCCCGAACCACCACCAUGCUCGACGGUCGCAAGAGAAUGCGCAUGGACGGCCGAACCUAUGUCCGCAUGAUCAUCCCCAUCGGCAUUCUUUACAGCGGUAGUCUUGUCUGCAGCAACAUCGUCUACCUUUACCUGAAUGUUUCCUUUAUUCAAAUGCUCAAGGCCUGUGGCCCUAUAGUAACUCUCCUCACCAGCUGGGCCUGGCAUGUCAAAACCCCGUCGCUCGAAUCCUUCCUCAAUAUCCUCCUCAUUGCCUUCAGUGUCGCCCUCGCCGUCGCCGGCGAAGUCCAAUUCUCCUGGCUCGGCGUCAUCUACCAACUCGCCAGUCUUGUCUUCGACGCCAACCGUCUUGUCAUGAUCCAGAUCCUGCUGUCAGACGAGGGCCAGAAAAUGGAUCCCCUGGUGACACUGUACUACUCUGCACCGGUGUGCGCUUUCACGAACUUUAUGAUCGCGUUUUAUACUGAGCUGCGAGGGUUCAGUUGGAGUGUGGUUGGGGAGACUGGGUUCGGGGUGUUGUUAGCGAAUGCCGCGGUGGGGUUCAUGUUAAAUGUGUCGAUUUUUGUUUUGAUUGGAAAGACAUCCGGUUUAACUAUGACGCUGGUCAGUGUGCCAAAGAACAUUCUGUUGAUUGUUUGUUCUGUGGUGAUUUGGGGCACGCAGAUCACUUCGCUUCAAAUGGUGGGAUAUGCGAUUGCGCUGUUAGGGUUGUUGUAUUAUUCUCUGGGGUGGGCGACUAUUAGGAGGGCAUAUGAUUCUGGGUCGGCGUUUAGAGAGUACCCUAUAGGUGCUUUAGUGAUCGGCGCCGCCUGUGCCCGUCAACUAGCCGCCAAAGCCGUGCACUUAGCCCUCACCUACUCAUCCAACCCGACAUCCAUAACCACCCUCCAGAAAGAGCUCCAAAACGAACACCCCGCCCUCAUUAUCACUAUCCACCAAGUCGACGUCUCCUCACCCACCCAGAUCACCACCCUUUUCACCGAGAUCCAAGCACAACACGACAACCGCACCCCAGACAUCCUCAUCUCCAACGCCGGGUACGGCAAACGUGUCCCGCAAGUUUGGGACAUCACGACGGAGGAAUUCGAUUACACUCUGACCGUGAAUCUACGGGCCUCGUUCCUGCUCGUCAAGGGGGUAGUUGAGCACAUGAAGACGCAGCGCUGGGGGCGGAUUAUCUUCAUGUCGUCGAUCGCGGGGUAUGGCGGCGGCAUUAAUGGGUGUCAUUAUGCGGCAUCGAAGGCAGGGUUAACGGGCAUGAUGAAGAACUUGGCAACGAGGUUAGCAGAGUAUAAUAUUAGCGUUAAUGAUGUUGCGCCGGCGAUGAUUGGGGAUACGGGGAUGAUCCCUAAUGCUGAGUCCAUUCCGGAGGUGGCAAGCACGAUUCCUCUGGGGAGGUUGGGGUUGCCGGAGGAGGUGGCUAAUGUUGUCACUAUGUUAGUGAAGACGGGGUAUAUGACGGGGCAGAGUUUAUUGUUGGCGGGAGGGUUGAAAUGAUAGGUUUCUUCGAUUAUAUAGAUGUAUGGAUUCAAUAUAGGAGUAUGAAUUCAAUUC